ACCUGGCUUGGGUUGUCUUCGAGCUUGCUCUUUGCCACUGACCACCACGACCUCCAAUCCUCUCCUACGCUAAUUACAACGGCUGUAUGGCCGUUCUGCGCGACGAUGCUACACCAGAUUCCACCGAGAACUGGGACGAUGACUUUGAAUUCCAACAGGACAGUAACGGUCCCACACGACGCUCUACGACAAGCACCCAGCAGAACGAAGACUGGGACGAUUCGCUUACGCGCAGGCACACGCCCUUGUCAAAGGACCGCACCAAUACCCUCACACACUGGGCCGAGCCAGGUCCUUCGACGCCCACCAAGCGACCCCAAGUACAGACAGAGAACUGGGAUGAUGACUUUCAAGACAAGACAGGAUCGCCCCCGCACAACACUUCUCCUCGUUCACGGCGAUCGCGCAUGAGGCAGAGUGUAGAGAACUGGGAUGAUGAAUUCGAGCCCAAAGUGGAUUCGCCUUCUGGCAAGUCCGCUCGCUGGUCGUCCUCGUCCUCAGAUGAUGGCGAGUUUGGAUUUGGAGAUCGCGAGGAGGACCGUACCGUCACCUCCCGCAGCAGACGCGCGCCCUUGUUUCCGGGUGAUACGCCUCCACCACCCGUACCACCUAUUCCGACCUUUCACCCAGAGGAGCCAGCUCCAUUUCCACGAUCCCCAACAACAAGUGUAUUUAGUGUCCCCGUGUCCGAGUCAGUGACUUAUUCAUCUACAGCACACCUACCUCUCCGUCCGACGCGUUCUGGCAGCUCAUUUGGCGCGCUUCCACCAAGCCCGCCGAUUCACAGGGAACGCGAAAGGAGACGGUUAAGGAAGAAAUCGCGUCCACCACGUGUAGAUGAUAACAUAUACGAGUUAGACGACCGCGUUGAGCUGGCAGCAAGACCAGUAACUCCGCCACGGGAACACACCCAGCCGAUUCAAGUGCCCAUCAAUGCUGAUGCCCCCAUAGUGGAGACAACUUCAUCUACUCGAGGGUCACUGGUGUCCCGAAUUGGCUCUGUAGGCAAGAGGCUUGGGGCAGCACGCCGAAAGCGCGUGAGCACCGAACCUUCUGAGGUUGCAUUGCAGGAAACACCGCAAGGAUCCUCUGUGCCAGGGUCGCCACCAUCCACGUCUUCGCGCUGGUUUUUUCGGCAUGGUGGUGGCGGCGCAGAAUCGCCGCCGGGGCCGUCCACGCCGUUGAAGCAUGAGAAGAGCGUGGAUAAGCUACUUGGAAUGGCACCCGGUGAUCCUGUAACGCCAUCCAGACGUAAAGCGAAACACGCUGAUUUGCCUGAGGACUUGGAUGUGAUGAUGCAGAAUGGCCAUACACACCAUGAUAGUGGGGCUACCAUCGUGUUCGGGACACCUAGACGGCCAACGAGUAUGCAAAUCCCACCAUCCUCGUCAGAUAUGCGGAAGUCGAGACCGACGUCAUCAAGGCAUGCAAGUGAGAAUCAUCAGAGCCGACGAAGUCGUUCAUCGUCGAAACAUCGAUCUGCGUCUGCUAGUGUGGACGAUCUUGCCAAGACUAGGAUCGAGGAGGAGGGUUAUGGAAGUAGAGGGUUCAUGGGUGGUAUACGAAGGAUCAGUAUUACAACAAAGCAUAAACGGACAAAGAGUAGCGCCCCAAGCAUGUCUGAGCCGGCGCAGGAGAAACGAUCCGGAGAGAGGACUCGACCUCGAACUUCUACAUCUUCGGCUUCGACUCCUGCUGUACCAGUCCUACCAGCCCUUCCACCAGACCGGGGUGACGAUGCGACUCCUCGUCCUUCAACGCGUACGAGACCCAGUAUGGAUCAGUCACGUCCGAGCGUGGAAGGUGUCUUGCUUCCUCCGAUUGAGUUACAACCACCUUCACCUGCACGCAUAUCACCUACAACGUUACAAUCCUCCCAUUCCGAGCCCAUAGCUUCAGUCCGAGGGAUCGACUCGUUAUUGUCCUCUGAUGAGGCCUCUCCAACACCCUUACCCUCUCCGUCCCGUCCCAAAGCUCCCGGAUCCCCUCAACAAACUGCUUCCCUGGGCCGAUCGGCACUACCUCCGAAAGAGAAAGAGGUGAUUAGUGGGUUUGUACCCAGGCGGAACUCGUUAGGCGAUUUGAAGAUCCCUGCGAGGAUUAGCCAAGCCCAGGUGGGGCUGAGGAGGGAUUUGGGGAUGGUUAGGGAAUUCGCAACAAGUGUUGAACAGCUGAAGCAGCUGCAGUCAACAUAUACUUCGCUUGUGACUGAAGUGCAGGCUUUACUCCUUAGCACGGCUCCGCCAGACCCGACUCCUCCACCUCGUGCACUUUCACCUACGCUCUUUAACCUUCCCCGACCGUCUUCACGCGCUCGGUCUAAUACAAAUCCACAAACCUCCGCGAAUGCGAUGAACGCUGCAUCGAGUCAUAGGCAGCUUGCCUCUCAGUAUAAUUCUAUUCAGUCAAAAUAUCGCAUUAGCUGGGAAUGUGCCGAGUUGCUUAUUGAAUUAGGUGGUGGCACUCCUGCAGUUUCCGGCUCUACUUCUCCCCCAGGCAACGCGAACAUGGGUACGCCUCGGGGGAGUCGGGAUCGAGCUAUUACGCUUGCCGGUGACGAACCACGACCAGAUAUCGGCAUCCCAUCUUCGACUAGCAGCUCUACCAUCCAUUCGAACAGUAUGGCGCCUCCAUUGGCUAGUCCUCCGAACCCGUCACAUUGGAGAGCUUCAACGGGAAGGUCAGAUCUCAGUACGAGACAGUUGUUUCUCCUUCGCGGAAUGAUCACGUCAGACUCGUCCAUGUAUAUGGACAUACCCGAGGAAGAUGUGAAUAGGCAUUGGAAAUGGGGAGAUGCGAUGAGCAGUUCUAUCACCCUUCCAAGCGAAGAGUCUUCCCAACUUGGAUCGGCCUCAGGUACACGAUCCUCUUCACCGAUGAAGAAACGGCGAAGUCAUUUUGGUAUGCGAGGCCUUAGAGACAUGCUCAGGUCUCUGAAGAAGAGUCAUACCGAACAGCAGCUGCCGAUUCUUCAAAAUGGAAGACCAGCACAUACGCCGCCGCCGUUGAGUAUUGCACAGAGUUCAACUAGUGUCUCUGCCAGUACGGAUUCAUCAUUGAACUUGCCAACUGUCAAACCUGGGAAAGGACCGAGACCACAGUCACUUAUACAGCGGAGAAGAGCAAAGACGAGUACGGGUCCUGAGAGCAUGAAGUCCCUCCGGGAUCGAGAGUACCAUCCAAACUCGCCCUAUGCUACUACAGGACCAACUUCACUCAGCCAUAAGUCAUCUCCUCGACGACCGUCGCUCGCGUCUAUCUUUCGUUUAGGUCAGAAACACAAGACGGGAUCUUCGUCGUCAGGCCUAGCAGAUAACUCAAAUAACGUGAGUGCUAAACCGAGCCCUCAGUCAGGAAUACGUGAAUUGCAGUUGUCCGCUGAGGAUGUCCCUUCUUGCCCUCCGAGCAGUUCAGGUCAUGGAAGUAGCAACACGACAGCGGAAGAUGCUGAAGAUGGUUGGGACCAAGUGGAUAGCGCGUCUGAUCUCGAGUUAGCUUCUCGGGCGAUCUUUGGUUCAGGUGCUGAGGGUGCUUCGACUGUCAGAGGGAAGAAAGGAAAGUCACCCUAUGCCAUGUUACAGCAGGCUCGACGGACUCCAAAUGCCAGUCAAUCAUCCAUUUGGGGUGGCGGCGGGGAAUCUCCCCAGAAGACGUCGUCUUCUAAUAAUCAAGCCUCGUUACGAUCUCCCAUUUCAGCACACAGUCAAGCACCUCAAGCUCGCUCAAUCAAGCUUUCCGACGUUCAGGAGCACAGUGACGCUCAUCCUCCCGAGCGACAAUCUCGGCAAACGUCAGCUUCGUCUUCAAGACCGAAGAGCCGUGGCUCUGGCGCUCCUAGUCCCAGUCCCAGGCGCCCACCUUCUCGAGGAAAACGGAAUGCAGGGCUGACAGGUUCAGUUCGUUCCGCUCCUCCUCAGACUUGGCUCUCCCAAGGGCAUGGGCACAGUCCGGAACUACAGGGCGGUGCAUUACCGCCUUCGAUGUCUCCGUCGGAAGGGAUGAACAUCUCGUUGGCGAUGACUCCAGAGAAUAUUCGUCCGCUGCUGGAGAACGCCAAGGAAGUUCAUGCUAGAUGUAAUGAAUGCAUCGCGGAACUUCGAGAUCUGCUAGCCGCGAGACGACUAGUGGAUUGAACUUGCCUGCACAUGUCGGGAUGCAUUUCUGUCUCGUUCAGUUGUCAUACUGAUGAAUACGUCACUCGUUUUCGUUCUCGAUUCCCGGAACUUUCAUCUGUACUCCGGUUCAUUUCAGUGCUUCGUUUUUUUCAUUGGACAAAUAUUACCCUUACCAUUCUUACCCUAUCGGUGUGCUCCAUCAUUCGAUACCUCAUUCGUCCUAUAAUCGGCUGUCUUUGUCACUGUUCUAUUCCUGCUCUCCACGCAAUUAUUACGCUUGCUUUCAAUGUCUGUGCAAUGUUCUUUCGAUGUCUUAUAACGCACCUACGCAACGUUAACCUCCAAUGGUCCUUGAUGUAUCAUCACGCAUUUAUACGCUAUAUAAUGUUCAUUUGGCUUUCAUAAAGACUGAAAGAACAUGUCAAAUUGCAUUUUCAAACGGACACAAAAAGUACCGAAAUUACAGUAACUUACACGAGUUGGCACAGGUUCGAACAACACUCAUGACACUCAGCCUCUUUGUUUCGGCUGGUACCUCAAUUAUUCAAAACGGCUCUCCACGAGAACGUCAGAAAUGGGAUGGACAACUCCAUGGAGGAUAUUCCAGAAAACACUCGUGAAGAGCAGCUCCGAGUCACAGACAAGGAUCGUGAUGAACCUCAAGUCAGCUUGUCCCCUUACUCAGUGCCCUCUCUUUCAUUCGUUCAUAACCCCCAUGUUUAACUUAUGUGUUCCAUAAGAGAUUGAAGCUGCCUUGUAGG